AUGGCUUGCCCCAGUUUGCUGUGGGCACUCGUGGUCGCCACCUAUCUUGGAUCCAGCACAGCCCAGACGGUCACUCAGACUCAACCAGAUAUGCGUGUGCGGGAGACAGAGACUGUGACCCUGCACUGCACGUAUGACACCAGCAACAGUGAUUAUUAUUUGUUCUGGUACAAACAGCCUCCCAGCGGGGAGAUGAUUCUCAUUAUUCACCAAGAAGCUUAUAAGCAAGAGAAUGCAACAAAGGAUCGCUUCUCUGUGAACUUCCAGAAACCAAAAAAAUCCUUCAGUCUCAGGAUCUCAGACUCCCGGCUGGAGGAUGCUGCGAUGUAUUUCUGUGCUUUCCCAAACAGCGGGUAUAACCUCUACUUUGGCAAAGGCACCUCACUGCUGGUCACACCCGAUGUCAAGGACCCUGACCCUGCUGUGUACCAGCUGAGAGGCCCUAAGUCCAGUAAUAUCUCAGUCUGCCUGUUCACCGAUUUUGAUUCUGAAACCAAUGUGCAACAACCGCAGGGGCCCACGGUGAUCGGCUUGAACAGUACGGUGCUGGACAUGAAGGUGAUGAAUUCCAAGAGCAAUGGGGCCCUGGCCUGGGGCAGCAGCACCGAUUUGAAAUGUAACAGUACCUUCAACGAGGAAUUCUACUCCAGCUCCGACUUUUCCUGUAAUGCCACUUUGAUAGAGAAAAGCUUUGAAACAGAUAUGAACCUAAACUUCCACAACCUGCUAAUGAUCGGGCUGCGCAUCCUCCUCCUGAAAGUGGCCGGGUUUAACCUGCUCAUGACACUGCGGCUAUGGUCCUGCUGAGGUCACCAAGACCGUGAGAGAGCCCGGCACCCCCUCGCUCCCGACUCCCCACCCUGCCCCUCCCCCCUCUUCAAGCAGAGAGGCAGACUCUCUGCCCCCGUGGACAAGAAGGCUCCCUCUGACUCUCUGGCCCCACUGGCAAUGGCCAUCAACUGGCUCCCACCCAAUAGCCAUGAUCGAGAUGCUGAAGAGCUGCCGAACACUGCCUCCGCCCCCUCGGUUCCCACACUGCUGCUUGCCACAGGCCGGACGCUCCGGCAAAGGCAGGGGGCUGCUAUGGAGAGACGCGCUGCCCUCCCCCCCCCCCGAGAUCAACUCUUAUGUCCCCGGGGUGAGGGAUCCCCGGUGGGUCCUCUUGGCCUCUAGCUCCCGGAGAACGCUGUGAGGAGUUUAUAUUUUUUAAAUAGUGUUCAUCAGGAAAUAUGUAUCACCCUUUUUCCCCAAGAUGUGGGGGAAACUAUUGUGGAGGCCCUGCUGUGCUGUGUGUCUGAGCCACGUUGUAUAUUCUGCUACCCAUGGCUUCAUUAAAGGCAAUAUGAAUGA